AUGGCUCUGACUGGACUCUCGAGGUACCUGAGUACGUCCAUAGCCCUCCUACUUUUCUGCGGCACCCUGUGUCGUCCUCCAAGUGGAGAACGGCGUUUGAGGAGGGUUAAACGCCUUCUGCCAGAUAUCAUAUCCAGCCUCGCCUUGACGCCCACGUUCAAAACGAAGGUCCUGAAUGCAGGUUCUGUCACGGCUACGUACGGUGUGUCUUUCCCAUUCGAGGUUGAAUUCGACAGUUCGGCGGUGGGAAAUGCGAUGAGCGAUGAGUCCAAGGAGCCACCUAAGCGGACGAUCGAAAAAGACCGUAUGAUGGUGCUGAAGAGUGUGGAACAGGCCCUGAACAGAGCAGGGCUUAACGGUACGGAAUGUGUGCUUCGAGCCAUUUGUGAAGCGGCUGACGAACCACUUCGGCAUGAUGGGAUGGUCGGCGAGAUGCUCAACUUCAUACUCAGGUGA